AGCCUGUGACUGAACUGCUCCUUUCAUCCGAACGCGAAGCUUCACCUCGCGCUGCGCCAUGAAGCUCGCAGUGCUCCUCUUGGCGCCGGCACUUCUGGUGGCGGAGGAAUGCGAGCAGAGCACACUUUUGCAGAAGAACCUGGCUGCUCUCAAGGAGCUGAAAGAGAACGGGGUGGACACCAAGGAGGGCAUCCCGGGCUUCAUGGCUCAGAUGGGCCUCAACAUGGCCGUUACGACGCUGCAAGACGCCGCGGACGCGGUGGACGCCGAGGUGAAGUCGUCGAAGAAGUCCUUGGGCAAAAGCUUGAGUGGCAAGUUCAACGUCAAUGCCUGCACAAAAGACAGCAACAAGAAGCUGAGCCACGUGUUUAGUGCCCUGCAGUCUGAGUUGGAGAAGGGCGUCAAGACUGUCAAGGCGGGCUUGUCCACGGUGGGCCUCUCGUCCUCUUUGACCCAGUUGCAGGAUGCCAUGGAUACCGCCACCUCGCUCGUCAAGGACAUGAAGAGCGCCUGCAAGCUGCCAGUCCCGCCCCAGGACUCCGACGUGGCGGCCUGCCAAGAGGCCGGCGAGACAGGACACACGAAACUGACGAAUACUUUUGAGGAGUGGAUCAGCUCCGCGGCGAACGAGCUCCUCACGAAGGUGAGCUCCUCCGACAAGGCGUCGAUGCGGAAGUACAACAAGCAGAAGGUGCCGGAGACCACCAAGAUCGUGGAUGAUAUGGGCCAGGGCGUUCAGAAAUUGAUUGAUGGCAUUGCCAAGAACCUCUCCUGACGAAGUGUCAGAUCGCCCGGUGGUUUAUUGAUUCCAAGCGGCAAAUGACCGUGUUAGUACCAUCAGUGGGCGGAAAAUCAGCGGCAGAAAGCGCAAGAUGACUC